AGCGUUGGUUGAGAUGAGUAAGGAACGGAGGCUGAGAGCUGAGAGAAGCAUCGGUCCAGGGUAGCGGCAAUAAAUUGCUAUAAAACCAAUGCACGCGUUAGUCGAGAUUUCAACGCGAGGAACGCAGGUUCGUCUUUCUCAUCGUGUAUAGCGACGUUUCAUUCGAAACAGAUUUAUAUGUAUAUAAAAGUGUCAAUCGUAAAAUUGUUUUCGUAGAAAAUUCUGCGCGUAGAAAUAUCGAAUAUCGAUCGAUGCCUUUGAUCGCUAAUACAUAUGCAAAUUGAUAUUACGCUGAGUAUCAAAAUCAGAUGAUAAAAGGAAUGGUUCCCAGUUAGCAGUUUCUUAAUAUACGCGUGCUUAGAAUUGAUGAUUAAGUAGUUUUAACACCGUUGAAAAUACGUGCAAAAUUGUGAGCAAUCUGCAUGGUGUCAGUGUUCAGAAAGUCGCAAUAGGGAGAAUAUAUGCAGUAUGGCUCCGAUGGAAAAUCACGGACGCAUAUCAGCUAUCUCAAGAAACGAUCCUCAUAUUCAAAAUUGGAGAACGAGAAACAAGAAAGAAAAUCCGAAAGGCGGCAGCCCACCCUCAGACACACUGGAUCUGAGCUCGCAACGUCUGCACUGUCAUCAUCACAAUAAUAAUAAUAAUAAUUCGAUUGGUAAUCUCGCCACAUCCGGACAUCCGCAGGAAAUCGUAAUGAAAGAGAAAAGUAAAAACGCCGCGCGAUCGCGCCGCGUUAAAGAGAAUCAAGAAUUUCUAGAGCUAGCAAAGCUGCUUCCAUUACCGGCUGCCAUAACGACACAAUUGGAUAAGGCCAGCAUCAUCAGACUUACUACUAGUUAUCUCAAAAUGAGAGCCGUUUUUCCUCAUGGUCUCGGAGACGAAUGGGGCGCUGCACCACCGCCUAACAAUCCUUUAGAGGCAGCUAUCAAGGAACUGGGCUCCCAUCUUUUACAAGUGCGUGAUUUGCGCAAAACACUGGAUGGGUUUAUAUUCGUCGUGGCGCCUGACGGGAAAAUUAUGUACAUUAGCGAAACAGCUAGCGUGCAUUUAGGUUUGUCCCAGGUGGAAUUAACAGGGAACAGUAUAUUCGAGUACAUUUAUCCAGACGAUCGCAACGAAAUGAUUUCUGUGCUAAGUCUUCCGCAGAAUCCCGCGGAUCUCGCGGGUUUCACAUUCCCGCCGCCGAAUUCACGAGGCGAAAUCGAGCUGGAACGUGCCUUUCUCCUUAGAAUGAAAUGCAUUUUGGCGAAAAGAAACGCGGGUCUUGUCACGGAAGGAUACAAGGUCAUACAUUGUUCCGGUUAUUUAAAAUGCAUCGUGGAGCUGCCCAUCGGGUCUGAAUACGAGGAUGGUGUUAGUCGUUGUGUCCGUAAUGUCGGCCUAUUGGCGGUCGGCCAUUCGCUGCCGACGAGUUCCAUAACCGAAAUCAAAUUGCACCACAACAUGUUCAUGUUCCGGGCAUCGCUCGACCUGAAGCUCAUAUUUCUCGAUGCGCGGGUAGCCCAAUUAACAGGAUACGAUCCACCGGAUCUCAUUGAGAAGACGUUAUAUCACUACGUACACGGUUGCGACAUUUUGCAGCUGCGACAUGCUCAUCAUGUUUUAUUGCGCAAGGGUCAAGUGACGACGAGAUACUACAGGUUUCUGACGAAAAGCGGUGGCUGGGUAUGGAUGCAGUCGUACGUGACCAUUGUGCAUAAUUCAAGAAGCUCGCGGCCGCACUGUAUCGUCUCUGUAAACUAUGUAUUGACGGCUACCGAAAGUACCGGCCUGAUCCUGAAUUGCGAGCAAAAAUCGUCGUGUUCGAGUCCCGGAAAUCCGCCGAGCGCGCCCGUCUCAACACCUACGAUUGGCGCAAAUGACUUGGACAAUCACAGUCCGAGUCCGCCUUCUUAUCGCAGUAGGACCAAGGAACCACCCGAUACCGAGUACGCCGAUAGCUCUGGCUACCCUAAUUCGGAAUAUAUGACGGGCUCGACGAAUCACAAUCAUUACUUAUCGUCAUCGCCGUAUGCGUCGCAUAAUAUCAAUGGUGCGACUCACGAAGAUAGCGCUUAUUACAGUCCAGAUUUAUUCUAUCAAUACAGUGAUCUCCACCAAGACCCCGUAAACACUCUACAACAACAACAAGAGCAUCAUCAGCAUCUUUUGCAUCAUGCCACCUCUCUGACUAUCCAACAACAGAGUCCGCAGAAUAAUCAGAAACGACAGCAUCCUCAACAUCUGCUACAUCAGGCUAACCCUUUGACGUCUCUUGAACAACAACAACAACAUAGUCCCCAAAGUGGACAGCAAAAACGACCUUACUCGACGUCCUCGAGUUCUUGCGGUAGCACUGACGGUCUGGAUGUGCACUUGACGAAUUCUCUGCUGCCGUCCGGAUAUCAUUCGUCGCAUCAUCAUCAUCAUAUGCCGGCGGAUUCGACAUCGUCGACGACGUUAAACGAGGCGGGUGGCGUCAUCAUGUAUCCGAACUGCGGUUUCAACAACAACGAAAGCUAUAGUGCCGCGACGCUUCAACCCCACGAAGGCUACCAACAAGGUCACUCUUGCGGUCAGCCGCACCACAGUAAUGGCAACGCAACGGUGAAGCAUCUUCAUCACCAUCAUCUGGAGACCUCGUCGACCGGCUACACCAGCGUUAUCGUCGAUUCUCAACAAUACAGCCCUAGCACUGUUUCUCAGGAUCUACACGCGCAUCAAACGGCGCCGGUCAGCGGUGGAACACCACCGUUGCACCACCAGCCUCAUUAUGAAACGCAUCACCAGUUUGUUCACUGACAUCAAUUCGAGGUGCCCUGCACGUAGCACUUCAACGCCGCUUGCGACGACAGCGCGUGCGGGCAUCAUCAUCAUCGGCAUCAUCAUCAUCAUCAACAGCAGCAGCGUCAUUGCGUAGAGACGGAAGGCAGUGGGGAACAAUAUGCUGAGACUCAGACGAAUAGCAGUUCUUACAAUGCUUCGGGACCUCACGUCGCUUAUGUCACGCCCUAUAAACGACUUUGGAAAAUGGAGGAGAGAAACGUCUCUAUCUUGAAAGGUAACUCGUAACAAGUAACAAAGACUAAGUAUAUCGUCAGAGAGAUGGCAAAAUAUUAAUAUAAUCAAAUGUGACGAGAAAUGAGAAUAAGUUCUCAUUCUUUAUAUUAAAAUUAAUCCGAUACGUAGUUUUUAAAAGUUUAGUAUUA